AUGUCCCAGCUGCAGUCUGAGCUCGGCGAUGCUGUUGAGGAGGUUGAGUUGUUGAUGAAACAAGGUCAGAAGGCUAAAAUCGUGUCGAAGAGAAUGCAGGCAGAGCUGACGAUGACGGGGGCGAGGCUGGAAGAAGAGAGGAGGAGGAGGCUGGGCGAGAUGCAGGAGAGGAGGCUGCAGGAGACGAGGAGCGAGAGGGAGAAGGAGGAGAUGAGGAUGGACUUUCUUGCGGGUUUGAAGAGGAUAAGGGAGGAGGAGGAGGAAGCUCGACGUGCUCUGGACGCAGCCGAGGACGAGGUCAGGCGCGUGAGGACGGGACUGGACAGGAGGACGGAGAGUUUGGUAGCGCGAUGCGAGGAGACGGAAAGACUUCAUAGCCUCAGGAAUCAUUUCAACAUGUUCAAGACCAACCGUCUGCUGCUGUCAACUCUUGUCUGCUCUGUCAGUCGACAGCUGCGCAAUGCUGGGAGAUGCUUGCUGCGUCGAUGCUACGACGCCCUGUGCUCUCUCUUGGACGCUUGCGGGGAGCGAGGGAGAAGAAGGCUCCUGUCCUCGCUCCUCAUCUCUGCUCGCAGGCUGCUGCUGUCUGGAUGUUUCAACCACUGGACGCGCUUCCAGUGCGUUGUUCAGUCGCAGGAGCUGCAAGCUCGCGUGUCAAGUUGUCAGAGGUCGCAGUUGCACUUGUGGUUGAAGAGAAGACAAGUUCGUCAAGACAGCAAGUUUGUUUCGGUGGAGGUCGUUUGCCCUGACAACGACGGCUGA